CCUACCGCCGGGAGGAAGUGCAACUGCUGCGGGACGAGAAGCAAAACCCAAGGUUCCUGUUGUACCGAGUAAUAUCGUCCUCGGACGGCAAAAACAGUUUGUCUUUGUCACCAGCAGCUGCGCGUUCCGCCGCCACUAGGAAAAAAAGGAGACGCAAGGAGGAUGUCAGCAAGGGCGUGCGAGUCCCUCAGGAGGAAGCGGCGGUCGCAAAAGGAGGCGACGCACCAGGCAGGACAACAACUGACGGCGAGGCAGUUUCGCAUAGCCAUAAACACGCAGUCGUCGAGCAAAAAUCAGAACAACUAGACACGGAGUCAGCCCGCCGGCUUCUUCUCAAAGAAGCCGCCCGGGAGUUUUCUCAGCUGCGCGAAGUGUGGAGACCAUUGGGCGAGGUACGAGAGUGCACAAUCUGCCCUCGUUUGUACCCCUCAAAUUAGAGGAGCAUAUCUACUAGCAAAACGAAGAAACAACUUGCAGAAUGGAGCACUUGCAGGACAAAUCCACGGUCGGACGACUUCAAUGUGGUUUCCUUGGACAUGAUCCAGAACUUGUCAUGCAAAUACCGCCCAAGUGCCCAGACAGCAUUUGGCGUUUUGCAUGACAAAAACAGGGGAAGGAGCUUGUGUACUUCCAUACGAAAGCCGCGAAGUGCCGAAAGCAGAGCUGGCAAAGACGGGGAGGCUAUUAUAAGUAAAAAUGUCCCCGCCCCAGAGCUGUCUUCAGGCGGGUUUGCAAUUAGUACAGGAACAGUUGUAAUGCGCAUUCCCAUGAGCAUGAUCGUGAUGAGAAGCAAAAGCAUAAGCAUUUUCAGUUGUGUUUUGGAAAAGUUUGUAAUUCUGUAAAAAGGAUGAAGAGCCAUUUUUGUGAUCCGGCUGUGCUUGCUAAGCUGCACUGGAAUCUCGAGAGAGGAACUUGUAAUACGUAAACUCCCACCAAAACUUCUGCAUUUUUUGUGUCGCAAAGUUACCAAGAAAACUUUACUCUGCGCCGGGGAUGGUUUUUCCCCAGGAUAAGAGCUGGAACUUCUGCCCACCACGUCGCCCGCCCGGCUCGGGGCGAUCCGUCAGCAAGCCGAACAAGAAGACACGGUGCACUCCACCGCCUUAUGGUGUUCUCAAACGUUACACUCUCACGUGUUACAUGGAUUUGUUACGCAAAUAUACCAUCAAGAUCCACCCGAUCAAGCUGCUUCGCAUGACAAAUUUGCGAAGGGCUAAACAGCCCCUAAAUCUGUGUGGAAUUUGUAAUGCUAGAUGCGCAACCUCCUCCCUUUAGCUUUUGCUUUUUGCGCAUUACAAAUUCGUGUAACAGUAGUUGAGAAUGUAACAGUUGAGAAUCCCAUACGCCUACCUGGCGAAGUUUUCCAAGCGAGGACAGGCCUAUCGCCGGCUCCUAUACCACGAGGUAGUGGUCAAGCUGACCAAGCACCAGAGCACCGAGUUAUGGGAGUCUCAAAUCGGUUACCUUCUCAACUGUUACAUGAAUUUGUCAUGCAAAAUUGGCACCGACAUCUAGUACAUGAUCAAGCUGCUUCGCAUGACAAGUUCUCGAUGCCGCGCUAGAUAGAAUUGCAUUAAUCUGCUCCAAACCUGUAAUGCAAAAGGCGCAACCUUCCCCCUUUCACUUAUGCCAUUCUUGCAUUACAAAUCCACCAUGUAACAGCUGAGAAUGUAACACGACUUGAGAACUCGUCCAUACGAGUAUUCCUUAAAUUGGAAUCGCGUCUUCACGGCAGAAGACACCAAGCCAGAAAGCGGUUCACUGGACCAGCGCGACAGAGAUGCGGCACUUAUCCAGUGCAAAAAAAUCGUACUCGUAUAGCGAUCAUGCAUUACUUUAGGUAAAUCAGCAUUACAGAUUGUAUUCGUCAUGCUGAAGAAAUUUGUAUAUGCAUUUGUACGAGGAGUGCGAGUGCGACACUUUUGCACUGGAUAGCACUCCUGAGCCAGCAAAUCUCGUCGUCCACUUCGAAUAUGCCCUGAAAAUUAACCAUCCCCAUCCAAUUUGUCAUGCAAAGCACGCAUAAAGUCCUUUGUUUGUCAUGCAAAAAAUCGAUGGGGAUGGGUAUUAAUUUUCACGGAAUAUCGAACGCAGAAAGCGAAGAGCCUCCUCCUGCCCCCGCUUCCGCGGGCUCUAUAAGUAUAUCCAAGAAAAAAACUGUGUUAGUGUGACUUUCUUGGAAGAAUAGCAUCACAAAUUUGCUCUGCACGACAGAGAGAGCCUGUCAUGCGCGCCUAGUACGUGAAAACACGUACGAAAAGAGCUUCUGAUGCAUGUCCAGCAUGACAAGUGUAACUGUUUUGCACUUUCUGCAUCACAGACUUACACUUACACAGUUUUUUUUUUGCAUAAAGUAGGACGCCAGUGGAGUACUUUGUUCAGAGCAACGUCUUUGCGGUUGCGGAUGAAAGCGUGCGGUAUAUCGCGAGGAGAAAUCCCCCCUCUCCAUAUUGACAAGGUACGUUUUCGAAAAUUUGCGUUGCUGAUUUGUGACCGCAAAUCGUCUCUGUGUUGCAUGAAGGCAAUUCCACAGACAGCCGCCGCAUUCUACAGGCGGUUUGUCAUGCUGUGGCUCCUACAGCGUAGAGGUCUGCCAAGCUAAGCGCAUAGGCAAAAGUAAACCUGUCAGCUGAGGCUUGCUAUGGGCCUGCAGUCCUCGCAAGCAAGACAACUUUGAUUCGUGCACACAAAUCCAGCAUCAGAAACUUCGUUUUGAUACGGGGAGGGGGGGCUUUUCAUUCUGAUACAGUACAUGUACGCGAACAUGGCGAUGGACCUGCAGAAGCGGUGGUAUGCACUGCAAAAGUAUCGCACUCGUACUAAUUGCAGUUAUGCAUAUACAAAUUUCUUUUUCAAGCCAAAUGAGCAUGACAAAUUCCAUUUGUCAUGCUGAGCUAAUUUGUAUUGCAAUACUACGACUAGGACUACGAUACUUUUGCAGUGCAUAGGCGGAAGGCAAAGGUGAAAGUGAGCAACCUGGACACGGCCCGGAUGACGCUCUGUCCCUACUUGAAACUGUAUCCUGUGCAAAAGUACCGCAAGUCGUCUUGCAGUCAUGCAUUACAAGUCUUUUUCUUAAGCUAAAUCCGCAUUACAAAUUUUCUUUCUCAUGCUGAGGCAAUUUGUCAUGCAUUUACACGCGUGCGAUACUUCUUUUGCAAUUCAUAAACUGGCUGCGGCAUUGAGAAGUAGCGGAGGACGUAGUGGAUCUGCAGGAGCAUCACCGCCUUCACCCGCCGCCCCAUCAGCAACGGCUCUUUCCUCCUCGGAGGACAUAAAGCCUCUUCCUCCUGCUGCUGUCGUGAGUGACUUUGAGGCCGAACGGGAAGAGAUCGAGAGGCUGGCGCGAAUCGUUUUGCAGGACGGGAAAUCGCAAGGAGACGAGGCUUAUGCGUCGCAAAUAUGUCUGGGUCUGGAAACAUGUAAACUUCUGAUGCGCAUUUGAGAGCAGAAAAAAAUCUGUCAUGCAUGGACCGCAAAAGUUGCUCAUUUCUUGUCACCCAAAGAGGGAACUUGUCAUGCGGAUUACUUGGGCCUCGCCUAACCUGCUCAAAACCUGUGUUGCUAGGACUUGCAUGCUAGACCUUCCGUGUCAUGCACAAACAGCAUCGCACUCAUUCAGACCCAGACAUAUUUGCAUUUGAUAAGGCUUCUAAUAUCAAGAGGACUUCAUCUUCUGGAGGCUCCACGAACAUCAAAAUGCACGCCGCCUCUGCUCCACCCCCCUCGGUAUCAUCUGCAAAAGCAUCGCGCCGCUCAUAGAAGUACUUGACUGCAUGACAGAGCUGACUUCUUAGUAAAUUUGGCACGACAAGUUCCACUUGUCGUGGUGCUGAGAUGAAAAUUUGUAUUGCAAUAAUUUCUUCCGCUUCUAUUUCUAUACCGCGAUCAUGCUUUUGCAAGGCAUAGUCGGUCUCGGUGAACAGGGCCAAAUCUGCGGGCUGCCUCUGGGUCACGGUUUGUGGUCACUUUCGCUCCUUCCUGUUUAACGCGUGGAACCUGAAGUCUUUUUUCGAGCUAGCGAACACCAACAUGCACUGCGUGUAUUUCUCCGUCGUCGUGCGGUCCGACGCGGAAGCGCCCGGCAAGGUGUGGUGGGGCAAUCGGGGCGCGGAAAAAAUGAAUCAACUGUUUGACGUGACCGUGUGGCUCCAGAGGAUCCAGAACGCCGUAUUAUGGAUUGCAAAUAUGUCUGGGUCUGAAAGGUUGGAACUUGUAAUGCUGUCUCUAGAUUCCAAAAAAAUCUGUAUUACAUGAGCAGCAAGAGGAGUCAGCUCUUGGCACGCAGAGAGGGCAUUUCUCAUGCAUAAUUAGCAUCAAGAAGCUCUCAAAAAAUCUGUGAUGCUAGCACCAGCAUCACAGACCUCACGGGUCAUGCAAAAUGUGCAUAACAAGACCCAGCUCUUCCACACCCAGACAUUUUUGCAGUUGAUACGUAUUUUCCAACACCAAUUUCUUCUACGUUGUCGUCGACCUCGAGAAUCUAUCCUGUGCAAAAGUAUCGUACUCGUACGAAUUGCAAUUAAGCAUGACAAGUCUUGUCCUGAAGGUAAAACAGCAUGACAAAUUCCAUUUGUCGAGCUGAGGUAAUUUGUAAUGCAAUUACUACUAGUACAAUGCUUUUGCAAUUCAUAGAAUCCGACCGUCCGGUCCCAAGACGGCGAACACGUUAGCUACCUGGUGGCCAAGCGACUGCGAAAAUUCCACGACACGUUUGCCCACGUCCUCGCGAAGAUGACAGUGACAGGAGGAACCGGAACGCCUCGUGCUGGUAGAAGUGCCGAAGACAGCACCAAGACGCGUCAAAAUCAAAAUGAAGUGGAUCCUGCUCAUCAUGAUGAUCUUCAAGAAGACCGCUCGUUUCCCGACCUGUACCAGCAAACGCACCUGAUCACGAACGGCAAGAAGUCUUUCUACAUUCUCGGAGAGAAUGCGGAUAGCCGACAGGAAAAAUUACGGUUGAAAGUUUUCGACACUGUGAAGCAAGAGUACGAAAGUUUCGUGAAACUCCAGAAGGGCGCCGACAACUACAACCACUACCUCCGUACCGGAGAUGAAAAUAGCCGGGUACUGCACCGACGAAACGCGGACGGGAGCAGAACGGUUCGGAAGGAUAGAAGCGUCGGUGGUGCUGGAGCGGGACAAAGUCAAAGUAGUAGUGGUGGAGACCACUAUGACGGCACAGUGGAAGAUCUUGCUGGUGAUCCGCUGCUGUUCCCAACGGACACACCGUUCGAGCACUCGCUGUAUGCAAUGCAAAAGCAUCGUACUAGUAUGAAUUGCAUAUACAAAAUAGCCCAGCAUUACAAAUUCAAUUUGUAAUGCUCAUUUACCUUGGAAAAAAGAUUUGUAAUGCAUAAAUGCAAUUUUUUACUACGAGUGCGAUACUUUUGCACAGGAUACGCUGGAACGAUGGCUCCCCGGUCCGUUCCCGCCCGACUGGCCGGUCUCGGCGAGCAGAACCUUCGGCGACUCCUCAGUGGAGCACGUCUUCUUGCUAUCGCAAGAAAAAAGUGUUACAGUUACACACUUGUUGGAGUUUCUGCAGCACAAAGUUGCUCGACAUGGCCAAGAAAACCUGUGAUGCAGCCCACCAGACUAUGUAUAAGGCAAAACACGAAUGAAAUGAGGUUAGCAAGCAUUUCCUGCAUGACAGAGGUUGUCUGUCUUGCUUGUCUCCCAUCAGAAUGUGUAACUGUAACACUUUUUUCUCACGAUACUUGCGCACGCGCCCCGAUCUGGUCUACGACUUAUGGCGUUCUCAACUGUUACAUUCUCCACUGUUACAUGUUGAAUUCGUGAUGCAAGAAUGGGAAGAGUGAAAGGGGGAAGGUUGCACCUGUAGCAUUACAAAUUCCACCGCGCAGUUAUUUUAGGCGCGGCUGAUACCAUUCGCAAACUUGUCAUGCGGAGCAGCUUGAUCGUGAGGAUGAUGGUGGCGCUUUUGCAUGACAAAUUCAUGUAAAUACGGUUGAGAGUGUAACGAUUGAGAACCCCAUACGACUCACAAAUUGAUUGGGGGCAGGUCUUCCUGGCGGCCCAGGUCACACGGCGCAAAUGGUUCCUGCAGCGAGCCCAGCAACUGGAACAACUGCAGGACGAAGCAGAGGAGCGACACGCAGUUGCGGAGAGCAGCGGAAGUGGCACAGCUGCAAGUAGCACAGGUGCAACUUCGUCCCUCACCGCAGAAGCAGCUGCCGGCUUAAAGGCGGACUUAGAGUCCCCGCGGGCACUGCAAACCGGUCUGCGCGCUUUGCUGCGGAAGAGGCUGCAAAGCUUCCACCCAAAUGUCCUCCUGGGCUGGGUGGCGCUGCAUCAGGAGGCCGCGCUCACCAUGAACGACCCCAAUGAAAUAUUCUACUUCGGUACCGAGGCCCUGAUGGACAUCGCAAACAGCAUCUGCCUCGACCACGGUGCAUUCAACGGGCGGUGGCCUUUGGUCAUAGUGCCGAACACGCUUCUCGGGAUCAUCCCUGGUCGCAAAAUGUCCCUCGUCGCGCCGGGAGACGAAACUGCAACGGGCAGUAUGUUGAGCAAGCACAAGCAGGGGAGCACAAGCACUUUCAUCGCCGCUCCUACUUUAUCUUCUUUGUCCAAAAAGACCGAAAUAAGAACCUCUUCCGCGGUCGGGGGCACGACGUCGAGUGCGUCUGCGAAUGGUGCGAAAAUUCUGUCCGCGACAGAGCGAGAAGAAGCAGAGUUUUUUCAACGCCACAAGAUCGAAGCGGACGAAAAUAUGCCCAAGAUGGGGCUCGAGCUCAUUGGCCUGUGGAAUGCCGCCAAGGGGGCCAUGGAAACGAAAAUGCAGUCCGCGGAGGUAUCAACUGCAAACACGUCUGGGUCUGGAAAGGUUGAACCUGUAUUGCGUGUUUCGCAUAUCUAUGGAAAUCUGUAUUGCAUAAGCAGCAAAAAAUGAUAAAGCAACACACUUGCGGCAUGCAAAAGCACAAUUUGUAAUGCGUUCUGUGCAUGAGAAAGCGUUUGAAAAAAAAAUUGUAAUGCUGCACUGCACUUAAAGGCACAGCCAAUCAUGACCACUCAGCAUUUCAAGUUUCAGACCCAGACUGACAUACUUGCACUUGAUAGGAGGAUGACUUUUACCAGAGUGACCUAGUCGCGAAGCUGUUGGAGUAUGCUGUUCCAUAUCGUGUGCAAAAGUAUCGUACUCGUAUUGCAAUCAUGCAUUACAAAUCAUCUUGCCAAGGCAAAUCAGCAUUACAAAUGUUAUUUCUCAUGCUCAGGAAAUUUGUAAAUGCAUUUAUACGAGUGCGAUACUUUUGCAAUGCAUACUCCAGCUACUUCUUCGGACGGAACGAGGAAAGUGUCGGCAUUGCAGAAACUCUUACAGGAGGAAAAACGACAGGCACGGUCACAGAACCAAGCAACUAGUCCAGUACGCAUUGCAAAAGUAGUUAGUAGUACCGGUGGAAUUGUGUUCAUGAUUAGAUAGGAGUUGUAGCUGCACUAGGAUCGAAGCGAAGCUGGCAUAAAUACAAUUCUUGGCAAGGAAAAAAUGUGAAUUUGCAAUGCUGAGUGAAAAAGGCAAAGUAUGAAGCCAGAUCUUCCUCUGUAUCUGAAAUUUAAAUGUGACCACACCUCAAGAACAAUUCCACUUCAAACGCGAUUCACUUUUGCACAGCAUAACCAUCAAACGUCGUGCACAGCGAUGUAAUGAAAUCGGGUCAGCUGCUCCUCACCGCGGUGCGGCGGUUUUUUCAGAAAUUUUUCGCUAUCUAUUGUGAGGCAAAAUCCCCAAUCCCCAUAUCGAACAGGCGUGCUUUUCAAAAUUUGUGAUGCUGAUUUGUGGCCACAGGCACAGCUCAAGUCUGUCUUGCAAGAGAACAAAGCCAGGGCUUCCGCUGCAUUUCGCAGGCGAUUUGUAGUAAGGCUGCUAUGCUACUAGGGCAGACGUCUGCCGUGCUAAUUACCUACCCCAAGCCACCCCGACCCCUUUCCGGGCUUUGUAUCUGUCUGCAGUCCUCCACCGCAAGACAAAUCCGAUCUGUGUACGCAAAUCCUGCGUCACAGAUUUCCAUUUCGAUAUGGAGAGGGGCGAUUUUUCCAUUUAAUACUAUCGGCGCCGUCUACAUGCUGCCCGGAACGCAGAGUGGGGUUCAAAACCGGGUGAGGCUAUCCUGCGCGCGUUUGCUAAACGGCAACCACCAGUGCGCCGUUGGUUGCAUGAUCCCCGGCCAGGCGCAGGCGUCGGGCGCCAGCAACCUGAGUCACAACUUCGGGCUCUUCUACGACCUCAUACAGACGACACAGCCGUCGUCUGGCUCCCGGGAUCAACAUCAUGAGGAAGCGCAUUACAAUAUCCUGAGUAAAAACGUACCCACAGCAGAGUCAAGAUGGAAAAUCUGCUAGACAAAUCGGCCAACUUUGCUUGUUUCGCAUGACAAAUUUGGACGCGUAGUGUAGUGCUGUUUGAGCUAGUUAAGCAGCAUUACAGAUCUAGUCUCUCAUGCUGAUUGGAGCAUGACAAAUUUCAAAACACCCUUAGAAAAUGCUUCUCAUGGGGCUCCGCAUGACAAACAUUUUAAGCAUGCAGAUUUGCAUGACAACUAUGGUGUGGGUACGUUUUUACUCAGGAUAUACAAAUACAAAUUCGAGUUUCCGCUAGUUGACGUCACGAUAGGGUCGACCAUGUGGACGCGGCAGAAGGUAUGACAGUGCACAACUCCCCCUCCCCCUCAUUUGUAUUGCAUCCACAGCAACACAAGCAUCAGCAAGCAUGCCGGUUCUGCAUGACAGAUUUGUAUUGGAGUAUAGUGCUAUUUGGGCUACCAGAACUUGUCAUGCAAACAGUGCCAGGAGGCAAUGGCUGAAUUAGGUAUUUUGCGUGACAAAGAGGGGGAGGGGGAGUUGUGCACUGUCAUAGAAGGAGCCCAUGGGCAACCCCGCGAACGGCAAUGUGUUUCAGCUGGUGGGGUGAAGUUGCAGUUGCUCAGACGUGGUAUUCGGAGCACUACUUCGGAAUAAUAUGCAGGUUCUUCCGGGUAGUACAUCCAUGUGGUCGUCGUCGAUUUCGUGCUGCGGAAAUAAGUUCUUCGUCGAUAUGGACCACCAACAUUUCCGUCGUUUAUGUAAGUAGCAAGCUCUAGUAGAUCUACGUUCUUCUUUUUCAUCUUCUCUCCUUUGCGGACGCCAGCGCGGACGUGGAAGUUGUGGUAUGCAAAAUGCGCAACCGCAUCCAGCUAACUCGUACGCAACUGUACUGCAAUUAUACUGAAGUGGUUGUAGUUCAUGUGCUUAUGCAUACGCAUCGUUCUUCAAUUUGAAUCAUGUUCUGCACACGGCGCACAACGUUUCCUGCAUCCUGACUACAUGAUACGUCUAUCUUCAAAACGAACGUGACAGCACUAAAGCGGCUGCGUGAUAUGAGGAUAAAAAAUAAUGCCUGCUAGCUAAUAUGACGCUGGCUCUUGCGGUUCGAACCAGAUGCGGACUGGUUGCUCAAUUGCAAUGUGUUUUCU